CGGCGGCGCGCAGUCCCAGCCAGGCGGCCCCGCUUUCCGGGCCCCGGUGGAUGCGUGGCCUGGGAGGAGCCCAUGGGCCGGAGCUGAGGCUGCCCGGGGCGUCGGGGCGCGCGGCGAGGGGCGCGGUCGAGGCCCGGAGGCGGCGGCGCAGGAGGAAGCGGAGGAGGUCGGGCACGCCGGGCUCGGGAGGCGGUCAGCGCAGCGCCGCCGCCUUCGCUGCCGCAGCCCCGGGUUCGUCAUGCUCCUGGCCUCGGCCGUGGUGGUCUGGGAAUGGCUGAACGAGCACGGCCGCUGGCGUCCCUACAGCCCGGCCGUGAGCCACCACAUCGAGGCGGUGGCCCGCGCCGGCCCCCGCGCCGGGGGCAGCGUGGUGCUGGGCCAGGUGGAUAGCCGGCUCGCGCCCUACAUCAUCGAUCUGCAGUCCAUGAACCAGUUCCGACAAGACACGGGGACCCUCCGCCCAGUUCGCCGCAAUUACUAUGACCCAUCCUCGGCCCCUGGGAAGGGCGUGGUGUGGGAGUGGGAGAACGACAAUGGCUCUUGGACGCCCUAUGACAUGGAGGUGGGCAUCACCAUUCAACAUGCCUACGAGAAGCAGCACCCCUGGAUCGACCUCACGUCCAUCGGCUUUAGUUACGUCAUCGACUUCAGCACCAUGGGCCAGAUCAACCGGCAGACCCAGCGCCAGCGCCGUGUCCGCCGCCGUCUCGACCUCAUCUACCCCAUGGUCACUGGCACCUUGCCUAAGGCUCAGUCCUGGCCAGUCAGUCCUGGCCAGCCAGCCUCCUCACCCCCUGUGCCACCCUGCUCCUGUCCACAGUGUGUCUUGGUGAGGAGUGUUAAGGCGGCGGUGACCAACGGAAGCACUGGGCCCCCACAACCCCCUGCAGCCCGCAAAAACAUGCCCCCUUCUGGAGUAGUCAAGCUGUCUUCACCACCAGGCCCUGGAACCAAGCUACCGGACGGCACAGGUACCAUUCGAGGCCCAGUAAAGACCGCCCCACCGCAGGUGAUCCGACGACAAGUCUCCAACACGCCUGCUGGGGCCACUGCGGGCUCUCCUGCCAGCCCCCCGGGAGCAAACAGCAAGACAGGACGGGCAGCCUUGGCCACCUUGAAUCGUACCAACCUACAGCGACUGGCUGUCGCCCAGUCCCGCGUACUCAUCGCCUCCGGGGUUCCCACCAUCCCAGUGAAGAAUUUAAAUGGCACCAGUCCUGUCAAUCCCGCCCUGGCAGGCAUCACCGGGAUCCUCAUGAGUGCUGCAGGGCUGCCUGUAUGCCUCACCAGGCCACCAAAGCUGGUCCUGCACCCACCCCCCGUGAGCAAGAGUGAAAUCAAGUCCAUUCCAGGGGUUUCCAACACAAGUCGCAAGACCACCAAAAAGCAAGCCAAGAAAGGUAAAACUCCAGAAGAAGUGCUGAAGAAGUAUCUGCAGAAGGUCCGGCACCCACCUGAUGAGGACUGCACUAUCUGUAUGGAGCGCCUCACAGCCCCCUCAGGCUACAAGGGUCCUCAGCCUACAGUCAAGCCUGACCUGGUGGGAAAGCUGUCCAGGUGUGGCCACAUAUAUCACAUCUACUGCCUGGUCGCCAUGUACAACAAUGGGAACAAGGAUGGAAGUCUGCAGUGCCCAACCUGCAAGACCAUCUACGGGGUGAAGACAGGCACCCAGCCUCCUGGGAAGAUGGAGUACCACCUGAUCCCGCACUCCUUGCCAGGCCACCCAGACUGUAAAACCAUCCGCAUCAUCUACAGCAUCCCCCCUGGUAUUCAGGGGCCAGAGCAUCCAAAUCCUGGGAAGAGUUUCAGUGCCCGUGGCUUCCCACGACACUGUUACCUUCCAGACAGCGAGAAAGGGAGGAAGGUUCUCAAGCUGCUGCUUGUGGCCUGGGAUCGCCGCCUCAUCUUCGCCAUCGGUACUUCCAGCACCACGGGGGAAUCAGAUACCGUCAUCUGGAAUGAGGUCCACCACAAGACAGAGUUUGGCUCUAACCUCACUGGCCACGGUUACCCAGAUGCCAAUUACCUGGAUAACGUGCUGGCUGAACUGGCUGCCCAGGGCAUCUCGGAGGACAGUACUGCCCAGGAGAAGGACUGAAGCUGGGAGACUCUUGAAGUAGGAGGGGGCCAUGGAGGGCACACAGGGAGGAGGGUCUAGGUGCCAUUUGGUGCCAUGCCUCUCAACACCCACAUCUCCCCUUCUGUCUUGUCCCUAGCCCUCACCCCUCUCAGUCUAGCAACCAGGGGGAGAUAGACUGAAUACAGUGUUGUCAUUCAUGAACCUCAUCCAAUACGAAGAGGGCAUGAGAUGAAGGCCAUGCUGGGUCGGUUCCCGUGGAGUUGUUGGUGCUGGUUAGGAUGCAAGCCUCACCCCCUCCACAUGCCCCAAUCAGGGGUAUGGUCAGCACACACAGGGUACAGACCAUGCAAGGGCACUCCACACCCCAGCCUACGAGACCCAAUGCUCCUGGCCUCAGCUAGCUUUCUUGCUGCUUCCACUCCAAAUGAGAGUGGAGUUUCACUUUUCUCUCCUCCACAGGAGGCAGGGAGCUCUCACUGUGCAAGGUUGGGGAAUGAAGGGGUGAACCACUCUCCUGUUGUAACAGCAGAAGUCAGAUGCCUCUAUGUGGAGUGAGGAAGCCCUCCCUGCUGUGAGGGUCAGAAACCUCUGGAAGCCGUAUCGACUCUCAUCAUGGUCCUUGGGCUUCUCUGGACCCUCCCCUCCUCCUCGCACCUCUGGGGUGGUUGGGCUCUGGGACGUCUCUGGGUUGGCAUUCCACAAUGCUGUUUUUAGCCCCUCUCUGAUCAAACCAGAGCCUACAUCCAUUGAGCAUCUGAACUGUCCUCAGGGAGAGGAGCCUAUAGCCUUCUUCCCAACGCAUCCCAGAUCAGCUCAAAGAUUCCAUGAGUUUCAUCAAGUCACUGUGACUGGAGCCCAUACUGGGCUUUGUGCCAUCUGUGUAUGUGUGUGGGUGUGGCAGAGCCCCAUCACAGUCCUCAUUCUGUCUUGCAUGAUGCCAGACUCUGGUUCUGAGAAGGAUUGAACAGUUGAGUUGUGGUCCUUUUGUUCACCCCAUCCCAUCAUAAGCUUAAACCUGGUGGACACAGAACUGUGCUGGAGGAGAUGUGAUGAGGUGAUGGGACUGGAUCAGAGCCAAUUCCAUCCAGUCCUUUUUACCAUGUCUUUGAUGCAGUUUUGCUCAUCAAAGCCCAGAGAUGGUGCUGACUUGGAACAGACAGGAAGCCUUGUCAGCCCGUUUCUAACUGGUUGCAGUUCCAUUAUGAUUUGGUCCAGGUUGUAUCUUCAUUGUGUCCCCAGGCCCUAAUUCCUCCCACAUAUGCCUCUUGCCUCUUAUUCUCCUUAAAGAAGGAAUUGCGGAUCAGGAAGGAUCAAGAAGGGAAAAACAAUUGCCCCUUUGAAAGUGGGUUCUUUGAGCUAUAUGUCUGGGGCAAGUUCCUCUGAUGCUCAUUUGAAUUUAUAUACCUCAUGUUCUGGAGGUUUGACGUAUACAGAUGCAUAUGUGUUUCA